CGCGCCAGAAGCUCGCGUUCUGCGCGCGCCGCAAUCGUCACCUCAACCACCCACCGUACUGUUGCGUGGAACAUCGAUUCACAAACACUUAUGACUGUUAAUGACUUUAUGGUGCAGUGAUAGUGUUAGAAAUGAUGGAAUCCUGACCUACAAUGCCCUGUUCAGUGUACAUUCGAUAGGACUUUUUGGGGUGGCCGCAAUGGCGUCAUUAGUUCGAAAAUAGCCGGACCGCGGCGAUGGAGCUCACGUAAUGGAGGAAGACGAACGGCGGUUCUCGUUUCCGCCUCCGGCGCCGCUCCACUCGCCAGGCGAAGAGAUAGACGGGUCUCGCCUCCUCGGAGAGAUAGUCCGGACUCUUGAAGCUACUAAUCCCGAAGCCGCUGCGCCCCUGGUAGCUUCACAGUCCAAGGAUGCCCUCGAUACGGAAUGCGAGAAGCCACGCCGAGAGGAAUUGCGGAUUGCCUUGGAUGUCACGUUCUCAGAGCCACCUCCGGGACGUAGUGAUGAGCCUAGGGCGGUGGUCACGCCUUUCACGCGUGAGUCAGCCAAGCGAGCUGGGUCCCGGGGCGCCCAGUUGGUCAGGGAGUUUGGCUUCAUGCCGCGGAGGCGCCUUAGCGUGGAAGACGGAGCUCGACUGCCUAGGAAAUAUGAACCGUUCCCGCCCAAGCUGUAUGGACGACCGCUCGAGGAGAUCGAUAAUUUUAUUUAUGAUGAGACGUUCUGCGUGGUGUCGAAGAGAUUUCGAAAGAACUACAUACACCGGUUCACGGCCACCAGAUCGCUUUUCUGGUGGUCGCCCUGGUCUUCAGUGCGGCGGGCCUGCGUCUACCUAUCAACCAACCAGUACUUCGAUUACUUCGUCAUGGCUACCAUUCUGCUCAAUUGUGUCUUCCUCGCCAUGUCGGAGACUAUCGAAGAGGCUGAAUACAUUUUCCUGGCGAUCUAUACGGCGGAGAUGAUAAUUAAGUGUAUUGCAAAAGGAUUCAUAUUAAACAAGUAUACGUACCUACGGAAUCCGUGGAAUUGGUUGGAUUUUGUUGUAAUCACAUCUGGGUACGCCACCAUUGGCAUGGAGGUCGGAAACUUGGCGGGUUUACGAACAUUUCGUGUUUUACGAGCGCUGAAAACGGUUUCUAUUAUGCCUGGUCUGAAAACCAUCAUCAACGCACUCCUCCACUCGUUCAAGCAGCUAGCAGAAGUAAUGACGUUAACAAUAUUCUGUUUAAUGGUAUUCGCUUUAUUUGCCCUGCAAGUGUACAUGGGAGAACUGAGAAACAAAUGUGUGAAAAAUUUGGAGUUACCCGUGGGAGAGAACUUCACUGAUGAGCUUUGGGCGGAAUGGAUAAAGAUACCUGACCAUUGGAUGAUGAAUGAUGAUGAGCUUCCAACCCUAUGCGGGAACCUCACAGGUGCCAGGCACUGUCCAGCAGGUUACACGUGUCUCUGUGUGGGGCCUAACCCAAACCAUGGCUACACCAAUUUCGAUAAUUUCCUCUGGUCCAUGCUGACAACAUUCCAACUCAUCACCCUGGAUUAUUGGGAGAAUGUAUAUAAUAUGGUGCUAUCAUCGUGCGGUCCAAUGUCAGUGUCUUUUUUCACUGUGGUGGUGUUUUUUGGAUCCUUCUACCUAAUUAACUUGAUGUUGGCUGUCGUAGCACUCAGCUACGAAGAAGAAUCUCAGAUCACACAGGAGGAAAGAAAGAAAGAUUUGAACGAACACCGCGAAGAUUCAACAUUUAGCUUCGAUCCAUCAUCUCUGGCAGUUCGGACCCUAGGAAAAGACAAAAAGAAGAGAAUAGAUGCGAGAAAGGGUCUUUUAUUGGCGUCCUACUCAAGAAAAAGGACACGGAGACGCAAACGAGGGAAGACUGUCCAUCACGCAGUUACAGGACCUGAGGAAGCUAAUAAUAGAUCGCGAUCCCGUUCACGGUCGCGGUCAGUGACUCCAAGUGGUUCCCCACCACCAUUACCACCAGUACAACCUCCCCCGCCACCACCACAUACAUUACAUCCUGAUAAUGCUUUAGGCCGUGGUGCACUAAGUGUCGCUGGGAGACAGCUUAGUGACCACAGCAACAAUAGGGAAUCUUCUCUUGACGAUUCUGGAGUGGUGGAUGAUCAUGACGAUGGAGAGCACACGUCUGAUGAUCAAGCACCUCAUUCGCUGCCAAGAAGACAUUUGCUUCCACCUCCGCCUCACCCGCCAAUCACUGUUACAACGAAACUGGAAACAAAGAACCCGGAAGCCAAGAAAAAGAACGGCGCAAAAUCUGAAACGGAAAUUGAUAUAGCGAAAAAAGAGAGAUGUAGCAUUCAAGAACGGUAUCCAUUGAAUCCCGACUACCUCAACCAGAUCGUGGUACUAGGGGCGGACUGGCCAUACAAACACGCGCCCGAACUCCCGCAAGCGGAGGCGACGAAAAUUAAUGAGCUCAGUUUAUUGGCAGCCACGCACAAAACUCAUAUGGGCAAUUACCAGCAAAAUUGCACUUAUUUCACAGAUGAACUUGUGGAUAGAAAUUGUGAGUGCUGCGUUACAUGUUGUAUAGACUAUGAGGGUUGGCUGCAAUUCCAGAAUGGAUUGUAUGGUAUUGUGAAAGACCCUUUAUUCGAGUUGUUCAUUACAACUUGUAUAAUUCUAAAUACACUCUUUCUUGCUUUAGAACACCAUGGGAUGAGUGAGAAUGUUAGACAAGCUUUAGAUAUAGGGAAUAAGGUGUUUACUUCUAUUUUUUCUUUAGAGUGUAUUAUGAAAGUGAUGGCAAUGAGCAAAGAUUACUUUGCGUGUGGUUGGAAUAUAUUUGAUUUGAUCAUUGUAUCGGCCAGUCUUUUAGAUCUUAUCUUUGAACUUGUGGAUGGGCUGUCUGUUUUGAGAGGUUUGCGAUUGUUACGUGUGUUAAAGUUAGCUCAAUCAUGGACAACAAUGAAAGUGUUGUUGAGUAUAAUAAUAUCAACUAUAGGUGCUCUCGGAAACCUUACAUUCGUGUUAGUUAUAGUGAUAUACAUAUUCGCCGUUAUCGGUAUGCAGUUGUUUUCAAAAUCAUAUACACCGGAUAAGUUCGACCCAGACCCAGUGCCAAGGUGGAACUUCAACGAUUUUUUUCAUUCAUUCAUGAUGAUUUUUCGCAUUCUCUGUGGUGAGUGGAUAGAGCCUCUAUGGGACUGUAUGAGAGCGGAGCAGGCUAGUGGUGCCGAAAGCUGUUUCUUUAUAUUCCUUCCCGCACUUGUUAUGGGCAAUUUCAUGGUACUAAAUCUCUUUCUUGCCUUGCUGCUCAAUAGUUUUAACAGCGAAGAGUUGAAGAAUAGGAAAGAAGAAGUCGGAGAGGAUUCAAAGUUAGCCAAAAGUUUCGAUAGAUUACGUUCAAUAGUGAGAAAAAAAGGUUUCCUCAUAUCCAAAAGUAAAGAGACUGAGAAGAAAUCCAAGUUAGAAGAGUUAGUCAACGAAUUUAUGUUGCAACAUCGCACCAUGAAGGAGGCAAAAACCUCAAUUCCAAGUGAACAGCGCUUUUCGGGGUCCAUUCAGGAAACCAUACUAUUUCCCCACGACAAUAUCUAUAGUCAUAGUUAUCAGGAAGCACUUAACAGGCCUAUCUCUGUUGGGUCCGAUUUCGCGUAUCCCAAUCUCUACCAAAUGGGUAACCAUGGCAGCCAAGAAACGCUAAAGGAUGUCCGGGAUUUGGCGGCUGAACAUAAAAUAACCAGUAUCAGAGAGGAUUCAAAGGAGAACCUCGAUGAUACGACAGACCAAGUUGCCGCUCAGAGGCUUCUCAAUCAGAUGUCUUCGGGAUAUCACACACAACCGUCUGAUUCACGGGACGACAAUGAACACUACGAAAUGACCCAAAUAUCGUGCAAGACUACACCAGAGAAAUCCCGACGGCAAGAUUUGGCAAAAUUUACCAGAGACAUCAACAAGAAGCCCGGCGAAGAGGACAUGAAGCGUCCCUGGCAAACCCUGGUCUCAUACGUAGAUGAGUUAACCGUGGGCGGAAGGAAGAACUCGCAAGGACAGUACACAGACGCGAUGGGAAAAUUUCCAGGAUUUGGAAAACGGAAAGAACCAAAAGAUCCAGAAAAUUGCUUUCCACGUCAAUGUUAUAAAGCGUGUUCUUGUUGGGACGCCUGCAUACAAACAAAGCUGGGCCAGAAGUGGAUGUUCAUUCGCACAUACAUCCUUCGUUACGUGGACACACCCGCGUUCGAAUGGUUCGUGUUGGUGCUCAUCUUCGCGUCCAGUAUCACUCUGUGUUUUGAAGACAUCCAUUUGGAGAAGAACAUACCACUCAAGAAAAUAUUGUACUGGACCAAUCUCAGCUUCUGCAUGAUCUUCGUGAUCGAGAUGUUUUUCAAAUGGAUCGCUUUGGGGUUCUACAGAUAUUUUACGAGUUUCUGGACGCUAUUAGAUUUUACGAUAGUUUUUGUUUCAGUGUUUAGUUUGUUGAUAGAAGAGAAUGAGAAUUUAAAAGUGUUACGAUCUUUAAGAACAUUACGAGCCUUGAGACCUCUGAGAGCGAUUUCAAGAUGGCAAGGCAUGAGGAUUGUAGUUAAUGCGCUAAUGUAUGCAAUACCUAGUAUUUUCAAUGUACUACUGGUGUGUCUAGUGUUUUGGUUAAUCUUUUCGAUAAUGGGAGUGCAGUUUUUUGGCGGGAAGUUUUUUAAAUGUGUGGAUGAAGAUGGAGAUUUGUUACCGUUAGAGAUAGUUAAUGACAAAUGGGAGUGUUAUUAUAACAACUUUUCAUGGAUAAAUUCUAAGAUAUCUUUUGACCACGUUGGUAUAGCAUACUUAGCAUUAUUCCAAGUGGCAACUUUCGAGGGUUGGAUGGAGGUAAUGGCUGACGCAGUGGACGCCAGAGGAGUAGACCUUCAACCGGCGAGAGAAGCCAACAUCUACGCCUACAUUUACUUCAUAAUAUUCAUUGUAUGCGGAUCAUUCUUCACACUUAAUCUAUUCAUAGGAGUAAUUAUAGAUAACUUCAAUAUGCUCAAAAAGAAGUACGAGGGAGGGGUGCUAGAGAUGUUUCUGACGGAGAGCCAAAAGCAUUAUUACACCGCGAUGAAGAAGUUGGGCAGAAAAAAGCCACAGAAAGUAAUAAAGAGGCCGAGGAAUCAAUUUUUAGCGAUGUUUUACGAUUUGUCGAAUUCGCGUAGAUUUGAAAUAGCGAUUUUCGUAUUGAUAUUCUUGAAUAUGCUCACGAUGGGCAUAGAGCAUUAUGACCAACCGCAUUCCGUUUUCUUCGUGCUAGAAGUUAGUAACGCGUUUUUUACAACGGUUUUCGGAUUAGAGGCAAUAGUAAAAAUUAUAGGUCUAAGGUAUCAUUAUUUCACGGUCCCGUGGAACGUAUUCGACUUUCUUCUAGUCUUGGCCUCAAUAUUAGGUAUAUUAAUGGAGGAUAUCAUGAUCGAUUUACCGAUAUCGCCCACGCUUUUACGAGUAGUACGAGUUUUUCGCAUAGGAAGAAUUUUAAGACUGAUUAAAGCCGCUAAGGGCAUUAGGAAACUACUAUUCGCACUGGUCGUGUCUCUACCGGCCCUCUUCAACAUCGGUGCCUUGCUAUCAUUGAUAACGUUUAUCUACGCUAUCAUCGGGAUGUCUUUGUUCGGCCACGUGAAAGAGCAAGGUGCAUUAGAUGACAUCGUCAAUUUUCAAACGUUUGGUAGGAGUAUGCAGUUACUUUUUCGUCUAAUGACAUCAGCGGGAUGGAACGAUGUCCUCGAAUCACUUAUGAUUCAGCCCCCAGACUGUGAACUCGGAGAUCACGGCCACUCAAAUGGAAACUGCGGAAGCCCCCUCUUAGCGAUCACAUACUUCACUUCAUUCAUUAUUAUUAGCUAUAUGAUUGUGAUAAACAUGUACAUAGCGAUAAUUCUAGAGAAUUUUAACCAAGCUCAUCAAGAGGAAGAGAUUGGUAUAGUUGAAGACGACCUUGAAAUGUUUUAUAUUCGAUGGUCUAAGUACGACCCCCACGCAACACAAUUCAUAAGUUUUGCUCAACUAUCAGACUUUAUAGCGUCUUUAGAUCCCCCUCUAGGUAUUUCUAAACCAAAUACAGUAGCGCUAGUCAGUUUUAACCUACCCAUUGCGAGGGGUAACAAAAUCCAUUGUUUAGACAUAUUACACGCCCUUGUGAAGCAUGUGUUAGGACACGUGGAGGAAACAGAUACAUUCCGACAGCUUCAAGAGCAGAUGGAUAUUAAGUUCAAGAAGCAAUUUCCGACAAGGAAGGAGUUGGAAAUCGUUUCUUCUACGAGAAUAUGGAAGAGGGAGGAUAAGGCGGCGCGCACGGUGCAGCGGACGUGGAGGGAUUACCAGAAGCGUAAAAAUCGCAGCCCAUCGCAAGAGGAGGAGAGUACUAAAUGGUCACCCGGCGGUGGUUGGGGUGGCCGACUUAGUGCCUUGCUCCACGUACGAAGGGGAUCACACGCUUCAAGCAGGAAGUCUUCUAGAGCCUCUGACGCCUCCGACAUUAGCGAGAUCGGAGGCGCAUGGCUCAAUCUGCCGCUAUUAUUACUACCUGGAGCGCCACCAGGUGACCAGGCUAGCGGUUCUGAGGGACCUCCCCCACGACGGAGGUCAGCGUACGGUUUGCCACUAUUUCUUCGUCAUCAAGACGCCGUAGAUGAAGACGGUGGCCCGAAACGAGCAGGUUCCCUUCGGUUAACGUCCCGAAAUUCAGCGCGACGAGCCACAACCCCAGCGAGAGUUUGCACUCCAUCGCCCAACGCGAACAGCUUAGUCAGUAUUUUAGUCACCGAGGCGUCUCCGGACGCCGCCCCACCCCCUUCCGCACCCCCCACCGUCGUCAAAGUAUUAGUACACAGAGAGAGCGACGAACAACCCAGCUGAUCUACAACUGAAGAGCCGCCGGCUCCAAACUAGCCAAUAAACACAUAGUGAGUGUCAAAAUCGAAUAUUGUGUUCAGACACGGGUAUUUCAGUGAUAUAGAUUUUAUUUCGAAUCGGUAGACUAGCGACGUUAAAGUAUUAAACAAAUUUUAAGAUUGACACAGAAACUUCCGAAAUGCAAUAAUAUAGUAAUUCGAAGAGCAAACAAAUGCUUAGUUAGAUGACUUUGUUGAAAUUGUUUUGUCGGCUUUUAGAGAUGCUGAUUUGUUUGAGGCUGUUUUGAUUGCGAUAGUAUAGUUGACAGUUGUUAUUGUAAAUAUAAUGUUUAAGCUGUGGCCGAAAUUAAAUAGCUUGUUUUUAUUCAUAACGCGUUAAUAGUUAAACAGAUGCCGUUCGAAUCAGAUAGUAGUUAAACCACAGGAUUGCCUUAAAAAUAGUUUUUAAAAGUUAUAAUGCAAUUGCAUGUUUAGUAUCUACAGUUUCGAAAUUCCCCGCCUUUACCUCGUCACAUAAAGCGAAUUAAAUUAACGUAAAGCCUUCUCUGCUGCCUGAUUUAAAGUAUAUCGUGUAACGCAUUGAAAUUAAUAGAUACAUGAUGAAAAUAAAAAUUUCAUGAUUGAAAUUGCCCUUUUCUAUCCAAUGUAGCUUAAAACUAAGUGUUAUCGUGAACUUAGUAACAUUAGCAGGGCUUUGGAGUUUUAAACAAUCUAACUAAUUCUGUUUUUUCAAAUUUCAUUCAUAGAAAAUAUAUAAAUCAAGAGCAGCAGCAAAGCCUCCAUUUUGAUAGCUCAAAUUGUAGAAAUUACUUAAUUUUAAUAACAAUAAACCGCACAAAUUACGAUUUAUUAGAAAUAGCUAUAAUAGUAAUUAAUUCAGGUUAAGCUUACUUGUUAAAAGCACCUCGCAAACACGCUAUAUAUAAAUCUGCAGUAUGAUUACGUUUGAAUUGGUUAAUCACAACACGGACAGUCUUAAUUUCUUAAUGUUAAUUAAAAAUAGCCCUUUAACUGGCCUGCUAACUUCUUGAAAUAUUUUAAAAUUUAAACAAUAUAUUACAACAAAAAAGAUUUAUAUAACUAAAAUAAUAUAUCCGGCUCGAAGGACCAAAAGUACUUUAGUACUAAAGCAGCGACAACAAACUAAAGUAGACCGAGGGCAAGGGGAAUGCGGCGUAAAAAUAUGGAAUCACCACUCAUCGUUAGUCCGUGUCCGUUG